AUGUGUGUGUGUGUCCUCAACCGUCCGCAACCGGAGCCAAGCAGCAGUGCGGUCACCCAGGAGCAGGUGCAGGCGCUGCCGCCCUGCCGGCCCCGCUCCGCCCCGCUGCGCCCCGCCCUGCCCUGCCCAGCCGGCCUCAGCUGCCCAGGCCGUCCUCACCCCUACCUCUCCCCUGCCCCUGCCUGCUCCCGCUGCCUGGCUCGGCCUGCGUUUCGCUCCAAGCCCCUGGCCCCCCUUUCUCCCCCUGAGUCGCCCCAGGCCCAGCCCAGUGCUGAGGGGCCGUUCUCAGCGAAGACGGACAGGGCAGAGGAAGGCACAACACCCUCUCGGGCUCUCUCACAACAACUCCAGCUGGCAGCACCACCUCGGGCCAGUUUCUCCAACUUCUGCCAAGGCUCGGAGAUGCCAACUAUGUCAAGGCCUGCACUGGAUGUGAAAGGUGGCGCCAGGGCCAUCUUGUACUAUCCCAGAGUGGGAGGGGCCCUCAAGGACAGUGGGGCUCCCACUGGUGCCUCAGGAUCUCCAUCUCCAAUGGGCUCUCCUACUGCCACCCCUCCCUCUAAACCCCCACCCUUCAGUGUGCACCCCACCCCUCACCUGCUAGCCAGUGUGCAGCUGCAGAAACGGAAUAGUCGGUAUCAUGGGGUGACUGCCACCACUCUGGGCCAACCUGGGCAGGCAGGGACCCAAAACUGGGGCUGUGAGGCUCAGGCAGGAGGUGUGGAGUUACUCUGUCCUGCUGCUGCCGGUGCCCAGAGCCCUGCUGUCAUUGAUUCUGACCCAGUGGGUGAGGAGGUGCUGAUGUCGCUGGUGGUGGAACUGGGACUGGAUCGGACCAAUGAGCUUCCGGAGCUGUGGUGGGGGCAGAAUGAGUUUGAUUUCACUGCAGACCUUCCGUCUGAUUGCUGA